AUGCUUCGUGUAUUGGUGGCGAGCGUGCUGAUAAUGGGUGUGAUGGCGAAUGUGGAGCGCUGUCCCGGUGGUUUUCCAUCACCAAUAAACGAGACUAAAUGUUUCAUGAUGGUAUCGGAGAGAAAGAGUUACGGCCAAGCAGUCAAAGCAUGCAUGGCGAUGCCGAACUACAACUUAGCCGAGAUUUCGGACCCCUUAGAGAAUGACGAACUGGAAGGACGUGGAGCUGCAAUUAGCGAAGUAUACUUCUGGAUUGGUUUGGUUGAUGUGGAUGGAAGUGGUAAAUGGGAGUGGUUAAACGGAAGGAAAUUAGGAUAUCGUAAUUGGGAAAGGAACAACUGGAAAUGGUUUCCAACACGAAAAGUUCUCGCACAGUGUGUUGCUUUAAACACGCUGACUGGAACUUGGGAGAAUCACGACUGUGGAAGGAAGUAUCCAUACUUCUGUAGCAAUCAGCAGUACGAAGAAUCAAAGAUUUUUAGAAAACUGAGCGUCCUAUUGCGCGCAAAGUCACGCUAA